AAAGAGAUGGAGAAAGCUUCGAGGAUAGGUAACACCAGGAAACUAUUUAGACUCAUCAGGGAAACGGGUGGGAGAAGACAAAUCAUUAGUGGAACAAUCUCGGAAAAAAAUGGCACUAUAAUUAGCUCCCAAGAUAGACGACUGGAUCGUUGGAAAGAGCAUUAUGAGGAGCAGUUUAAUUUGCCCACAGCCACGCUCAACCUUCCGAGCAUCCAACACCUCCCUGAAUGGGAUAUAGACACAGGUCCUCCAUCCCUAACUGAGGUUACUAAAGCUGUCACCAAUCUGAAACUAGGCAAAGCAGAGGGACCUGAUGGAAUGACUCCAGAGGUAUUUAAGUACGGUGGAGACAGCUUACUGUCCGGAUUAACUGAGGUACUAGGCAGCGUCUGGGAAUCAGAAGAAGUCCCAUCGGGUUGGUGUAAGUCACUGAUUAUCCCCAUAUGCAAGGAGGGAGACAAGUCUUCCUGUGAUAAUCACAGAGGGAUUAGCUUGACUAAUAUAGUAUCUAAAGUCUUAGGCUCAAUAAUCAUGCGUAGACUGAGUGGUGCUCGAGAGUCACAAACAUGAGAGAGCCAGGCAGGCUUUAGACCAGGAAGAGGGUGUAUUGAUCAUAUCUUCACCCUCCGACAGAUUCUAGAACAUAGGAAUUCCUACCGGCGUCCAACAGUCAUUAUAUUUCUUGACCUAAAGGCAGAAUUCGACUCUGUCGAUGGAGAAGUUCUCUGGAGAUGCUUGGCUGUAAAGGGAAUUCCGAGAAAAUACAUUGCACUGAUCAACGCACUCUACUCAAACUUAUGCAGCCAGCCAGGUGAGC